AUGACAAACUUGGAGAAUCGAAGGAUUUCGAUUAAAGACAAUCAAAUUGAUGGAUUGCGGUGUAAAGCCAGAUGCUAUGACUACUUGCAUUCCACGAGAUCGAUCCCGAGAAAUUGGACCGAGAUCUCAAAAGACGAUGAGAGCGAUUUCGAUUGUGAUUUCGUGCACACAGAAUGUCGAGAUGUUGAUGGGGAAAUCGUGGACAGCUUUGUGCAUAUGCAGAUUGUGGAAACGGGGAAAAGCACCGUUCCCAAAGUCUCUUCACCACCAAACGCAACGAUGCCCGAUGUGUAUUUGUUUGUGCUCGACUCGGUCGCUUCCACGCAAGCAAGAAGAAGUCUUCCGAGAACUCUGAGCUUUUUGGAAACUCAAAUGGGCGGAAUGCAUAUGCAUCAUUUGAAUAAAGUUGGGGAGAACUCUCGCCCAAAUGGUUUCGCCAUGUUGCUUGGUAAACGUAUCAAAUACUUGCGUAGAGAGGCGAUGGGCGGUGUUGAUCUCGAGCCAGUGCAUAAUAUGACUCACGUUUGCAAAUCUUAUCAUGACAACGAUUUCGUGAUCUUUAAAGAAUUCGAGAAGAUUGGCUAUCGAACACUGUUCAGUGAUGAUUACGGAGCGGGCAGCGUUUUCACGUAUCCCGAUUGUUUCGGUUUCGAGAAACAGGAGGCAAAUCAUAUGUAUAGUACUUUGACAUUCAUUGGAAGAACGAACGAACAACUGCGAAAAUUCAUGGGAAGAGGCAAUUGCUUUGAAAGGUAUUCGAUGCAAUUGAAAUUCAUUGAGAACUUCAUUCACAGUUAUCCAGGCAAAAACAAAUUUGUAACGAAUUGGGUCAGCGAGAUCGGGCAUGAUGAUCCGAAUUUGCUCUUUCAUUCGGAUGCAACGUAUGAGCAAUUCUUUCGUUCAAACCAAGAAAAAUUGGAAAACGCUUUCAUUUUCUUCGCAGCCGAUCACGGACCUCGAUAUGGAUCGCUUGUCUACACUACGCUCGGGAAACGGGAGCUGAAAAACCCGCUUCUGCACAUCACCGUCCCAAAAUGGUUGCGAAGCAAUGAACAGUUAAUGUCGAAUCUCCGAGAAAACUCAUUAAAACUCCUCACUCAAUACGAUGUUUUCGCCACACUUCUCGAUAUUUUGAAGUACUCACCCCAAUCGAAUUACACUGAUUUCUCGUUUAUUCCAAUGGACGAAUCGAAAAUCAACAAUGGCACCUCAAUUCUGCGUCCACUUGGCCCUUUCUCACAUCGAAAUUGUCGAAAUGUGCCCGUUGAUGCAUCGUAUUGUUUAUGUGAAUAUCGAAAGGAGAAAAUUGAAGAUGAAGAAGUUGGUCAUAGAAUGGCACAAUUUGUGAUCGAUGAGAUCAACGAGAUUUUCGUUGAGUUUAAUGUGACAAAACUUUGCACGCCGUUGACGUUGGAGAAAGUUGAAAAGGGUUUC